AUGACCCUGCCACAGCCUGGUUCAGCAGAGAAGACUAUUCGCAAGAUUGAUAUAGCGCAGGUCUCUCUAAGUCUGCAGGACCGACUAGGCUUGGCUAAAUUGAAGUACCAACAUGGCCGACUCCAUGGCUUGAGUUCCACCCUUCAGGACAAGGCGGGUCGUCCAGACUCUGAAAAGCCCUCCGAUUCCUCCUCCAACUUCUCACGCAGCCGUUGUGAGACUCCAUUUACAUCACCCCCCUUGCGAGCCUCGACCUACUCCAAGGAACUUCCUCGAUCCGCCCGCAACAAGCAUGCUGUCACAUUCGACUCUCUCGCCAUGCAGCCAAUGCUGACCGCAGGCCGCAAGCGUGUGCGAUCAGAUUCCAAUUCAGAACGUCCAGCGAAGGUGCCACGGGUGUCAUGGAAAAGCACUCACCGACUGCCAGAGUCGUCUCCAGGUCUGGGGAUCCGUCACGCCACACGAAGGAGCCGGGUCCCUUUCAUGUCCGAGGCACCAAUUCCGGAAAUGUCCUCGCCAGGUUACCACGGACACUCUGAUGAAGAGAAUGAUCCAGAUCUGCCAUUGCAUAGUUUUCAACACUUGAGCUCCAUGGGCUCCUCCCCUCCUCGUACUCCGCCCCCAAAGCAUGCACGACUGUCACGAGCAGACCGACCUGGUGGAUAUGAGGACGACGGGGCUGGCCUCUUACUCUACCUUGCCAAUUCGCCAACUCCGGCUCGUGUAGCGGGUGGCUCACAGGCUCACAUCUUUCCCCCGUCGACCCCUCCGAGCCAGCAUGCGGUUCUUGGAACUCCAGGGCAACAAUUCAACUUUGCAGAUUUCGUGAACGUGACACCGAGUCCUGCACAGCCAGCAUGGGGCAGUCGCACACCCGGCAACCCGUCUCGCACCCCUCUCAUCGCCAAGGAUGCUCGAAAACGGUUGAAUUUCGACGCUCUGGUUCCCCCAAGUGGCUCGCCAAAGAUGUCCAGCAAAGAGGGUGGACUAGCCCUCCAACUUGGAGGCGAGUUGCGUCGAUAG